AUGGGUUUCGGAGCUCCCGGUGGCGGUGCCGCCCCCAUGAAGCCUACGCCUCCCGAGCGUGGCAGCUUCCCUCUUGAUCACGAUGGCGAAUGCAAGCACCUCAUCACCGACUACCUCAAGUGCCUGAAAUCAAGACGAGGUGUGAACGACGACGAGUGUCGGAAACUGGCCAAGUCGUAUCUGUCUUGUCGGAUGGACCACAAUCUUAUGGCACCGGACGACUUCAAGAACCUCGGGUUGGUUUUCGAGAAGGAUAAGGCUACACCGAGUGGGGGUGCUGAGGGUGCGGAGAAGAAGGCGUAG